AUGCAACCGAAAUUAAAGCAUCGGCUCGAUGAUGAACAGUCGGAGCCGCCUUUGUUUGAUUUUGAUAUUGAUGAAGCAAAUGAAGCGGAUAGUGAAACUAUGACUGACGUUGAAGAAGCAUCACUACAUGAUGAUUUACAACAGCAGACUUUAACUCGAAUUCAAUUAGAGCAAUUAUUCUCUCGAGCCAGUUCUGCAUUAGUUGCAGAAUCAACCAAUGAUCAAGAGUCUUUUAAACGUAAAACAACCAUAAAAGUACCAAAGACAAGUAAGAUGAUAACAACGCCAUUUCCACCCCCUCAAUCAGAUCGUCAAGAAGAUUUCGAUAUUAGUAUUGAAGAACUAAAACCGUUUGCUCAAAGACCGGCAGGUCAACUAAUUAUUGACAGAUAUUCUCCUAAUGACAAAGAAAUUUAUUAUGCAUUAUCAACUGUUACAUUAACAUUUAAUCAACCCAUGAUAAGUAUUUCAUCGUUAGAUGAACAGCGGAAUCCAGAAGAUCUAGGUAUAUCAUUAAUACCAAAAGUCCAAGGUCAAUGGAGAUGGAUAGACACGAAAACAGUUCAAUUUGAAGCAAAGCAUCGUUUUCCAUAUUCAACCAAGUAUGCAUUAACAGUGGACAAAAUUCGUUGCGUAUCAGCAAUUGGAGGAAAGCUGGAUGAUGAAUUUUUCUUUGAAUUCUCAACGAAAACAUUAGAAGUUCUUCAAUACUUACCAGAUGAAAUAGUUUCAACAUUAAAGCCUCGAUGUUUUCUAUUAUUCGAUCAAAAAAUUGAUAUGAAUGAAAUUUUCAAGCAUAUAUGUGUAGUGCAUGGUGAUGGAAUUAAAAUGGAGAACAAGGAAUUAGAACUAUUAGAUGAAGACACAGCAGAAAAUGAAUUUAAAUGGUACUUAAAUCAAAAGAAAGGAAAUCGUCAAGAAUAUAUUGCAUUUACAUUUAAAAAUGAUUUAUUAAAGGCAACAGAAUAUACGAUUCAGUUAACUCAAGACUGUCCAUCAGCCGAAGGACCACUAAAGACAACAACAGAAUGGUCAGCUGAAUUCCGCACUUAUGAACCUUUAAAAAUCAUUGAUUGGUUUCCGAAUAUAAACGAUGAGGACCAGCAGACUGUUGGUCCUGGUCAAAGUUGGUCAAUUAGAUUUAAUAAUUCCUUAGAUCAUUCAGCGAUUAAAAAAUCCAUAUUCAAAGUCGAGCCGAUAGUCAGCGAUUUAGGUAUUGAACAUACAAACGACUAUAGUAAAAAAAUAACAAUACUUAAUAAUUCUCAACCAAAUACUGUCUAUACAUUAUCUAUACAACCAGGAAUAUUAAAAGACGUUUAUGGUCAAACAUUUGAACAAGAUCCUACGGAAGAACCAAUUCAAUUUCACGUAGAAGAAUCAAAUUCACCAUUAUAUGGAAUAUUGAGAGGUGAAUCAGGUAUUAUUAUAAUGGAUCCUGGUCUAUUAUAUGAACCGUAUUACUCGUUUAUAGUUUGUAACUAUUCAGAAUUAAUAAUCCGAAUUAAUCGAGUCAAACCAGAGCAUUAUAAGCCAAAUGUACUAAAAUUCAGUGCCCGUUUUGACGACGACGACGACUACGCAGAAGAAGAAGAAGAUCAAAAUGAAGCAAUAGAAGAUAACCAUAACAUACCUGGUGAAGAAUUGCUAAAUGAAAUUAUACAAACAAACUGUCAACGAAAUGAACCAAAGGAGAUAAGAAUUUCCUUGAAAGCGUAUCUCACGAAAUCCUCUGGAGUCGGUCAAUUGUUUAUAUUCAUUACAACAACAAAAAAGGCAUACAAGGAAUGUGAACAUAGGUAUUGGGGAAAUACACGAGCUAUAUUAGUCUGGCUACAAUGUACUCGGUUAGCUGUCGAUACUUUUGCUUCUUCAAAUAAGGACGGUACGUUAACUGCAUUGGUUACUAAUUUAAUGACUGGUAUACCCAUCGACCAAGCAACUGUUUCAAUAUUGAACCAAAAAGAAAUGACAAAUCAACAAGGAUUAUGUACCAUUGGAAGGUGGAAGCCACAAGAAAACACAAAAAAAGAAAUAUUAGUCGUAGAGAAAGGUGAUGAUCUCUAUAUGGAAGUAGAUAUCUACCCUUCUCGAUCAGCUGAUGAUGUUUACGUUUGGCAUGUAUUCAAUGAUCGUGGCUUGUACAGACCAAAAGAAGAUGUACAUAUAAAAGGUUAUGUUCGAUUAGUGAAGAUAGAAGGUGAAGCAAAAAUACCUACCUAUGUCCAAGGUGUCAUUGAUUAUAUAAUUUGUGAUCCUCAAGGUGAACAACUCCAAGAAUCAAAAGUGAAAUUGAAUCGUUACGGAGCAUUUGACAUCAAGUUUACAUUACCUGAUAAUGUUAACUUAGAUAAGGAUGGUACGUUAACUGCAUUGGUUACUAAUUUAAUGACUGGUAUACCCAUCGAUCAAGCAACUGUUUCAAUAUUGAACCAAAAAGAAAUGACAAAUCAACAAGGAUUAUGUACCAUUGGAAGGUGCAAGCUAGAAGAAAACACAAAAAAAGAAAUAUUAGUCGUAGAGAAAGGUGAUGAUCUCUAUAUGGAAGUAGAUAUCUAUGCUUCUCGAUCAACUGAUGAUGUUUACGUUUGGCAUGUAUUCAACGAUCGUGGCUUGUACAGACCAAAAGAAGAUGUACAUAUAAAAGGUUAUGUUCGAUUACUGAAGAUAGAAGGUGAAGCAAAAAUACCUACUUAUGUCCAAGGUGUCAUUGAUUGUAUAAUUUGUGAUCCUCGAGGUGAACAACUUCAAGAAUCAAAAGUGAAAUUGAAUCGUUACGGAGCAUUUGACAUCAAGUUUACAUUACCUGAUAAUGUUAACUUAGGAUACGUCGAAUUCCGCCUACCAGAUUCAAAAAGCGAAACAACACAUUAUUUUGAAAUUCAAGAAUUUCGAAGACCAGAAUAUGUAGUCUCAUCAAUGAUUCGAUCGUCAACAGCAUACUACUGUCAUCCAACGGUUGAUCAAUAUGUUGUCAUUAGUUGUGAAGGAAAACUAUUUGCUGGUGGAUAUCUAAGUGAUGCAAGUGUUCAAUGGAUAGUACAAGCUGAAUCAACAACAUAUACACCGGCUAAUAGGUCUGAUUAUAUAUUUGGAAGAGCGCAGUCAUUCUCUUACUUUUCUCGUAAUAAAGAUUUGACUCAAGCACGUAAAGCAUUAUUGUUGAUGCUGAUAUUAUUUUUUAUUUACUUUCAGGGCAAAACAGACAAUAAAGGCCAACAUGAAAUAAGAAUUAUUUAUCAUGGCAUUGCACAAGAACCAAUCAUUGUUCGUGCAUUAGCAGCUAUCACUGAUUUGAAUUCUCAAACACAAGAAACAGGAAGAGAUUUUCUCAUACAUCCAUGUAGAUACUAUGUUGGAUUUCGGUACGUAAAAAGUUGUGGUAAGAAAGGAGAACCUGUGCGAACAGAAGUCAUCGUAACAGAUAUUGAUGGAAAUUUGAUUAACGAUAUUUUGAUUCAAUGCGAAGUCAUUGGAUAUGGCAAGGAACAAAAAGAAGAUCAGAAUGGUUUAACAAUAUUUGAAGAAAUAACAGAUGAACAAAAAUUAACAGUUGUUAGCUCAAAUAAAGAUGCAGUUAUUCUUGAUUAUAUACCAAAACUAGGGAAACAUGAAAUAAAAAUUAUUUAUCAUGGCAUUGCACAAGAACCAGGACCAAUCAUUGUUCGUGCAUUAGCAGCUAUCACUGAUUUGAAUUCUCAAACACAAGAAACAGGAAGACAUUUUCUCAUACAUACAUGUAGAUAUUAUGUUGGAUUUCGAUACGUCAGAAGUUGUGGUAAGAAAGGAGAACCUGUGCGAACAGAAGUCAUCGUAACAGAUAUUGAUGGAAAUUUGAUUAACGAUAUUUUGAUUCAAUGCGAUGUCAUUGGACAUGGCAAGGAACAAAAAGAAGAUCAGAAUGGUUUAACAAUAUUUGAAGAAAUAACAGAUGAACAAAAAUUAACAGUUGUUAGCUCAAAUAAAAAUGCAGUUAUUCUUGAUUAUAUACCAAAACUAGGAGGUAGAUACAAUAUAUCGUAUAGCGUCAAAGAUGAACAUGGACGAUUAGCUAUGAGUUCCUAUACAAACUAUUACGUCUACGGUGGUAAAGAAAAAGAAAAAGAAAAUCACCAUGACAUUGAAGAAGAAACAGAUGAAUAUGAAGUAAAUAGUUAUGUUCCAAUGGACUCAUUGGGAAUUAUUCCGAAUGCAAAAAGUUAUCAACCAGGAGACCUGUGUGAAUUACUCAUUAUAGCUCCGUUUAGUCCAGCUAAUGGUCUCAUUCUGCUCGACUGUGAGGGGCAAGUGUCACAACCAAUAGGAUUUCAAAUAGAAUCUGGAAAAGAUUCAGCAACUGUUGAAUUUAAAAUAUCAAAAGAUUGGAUACCAAACUUGACGGUUCACGCUGAAUUAAUCGGGUCAAAUCCAAGAGAAAUGAAAGUAACCGAUUCACCAUAUCGUCCAGCAAUCGCUUCUCAUUCCGUGUCAUUAGAAGUAUCAAGAGAUUUCUAUAAGCUAAAUGUUUUGGUUGAUACAUAUGAGCCAAAUAAAAUAUAUACACCAUCAUCGACCAUCCAUAUCGAUAUCGACGUUAGACAGUAUGUCGAUAAUGCACCUGCUAAAAAAGUAGAAGUUUGUUUAAUUGUUGUUGAUGAAGCAAUCUUAUCAUUAACUGAUCACAAAUUACAGAGUCUGUUAGAAAUAUUUUAUCCUGGUCGAUCGAAAAAGAUUACACAAUUUCAUAGUAGAGCUCGUUGCUUGCUAUUCGAUCCACAGCAAGUAGAACACCUUAAGAAAGAGAUAAAAAAAAGUCUCUACUCAGACGCAUAUGAAGGUUGUGAAGGUGGCGGCGGUGGUGGUGGUGAGCGCCGCGGUAAGUUUAAGUCAAGUGCCUACGACCUUGGACAAAAAAUAAAUGUUAGGUCGAACUUCAAUCCCCUCGCAUGUUGGACACCUUCGGCAGUCACUGAUUCCUCUGGGCGUGUUUCAAUUGAAAUUAAAUUACCUGAUAAUCUUACACGCUACCGUGUAUGGGCACUAGCAACCAAUGAUAAACAAUAUGGUUUCGGUGAAAUGUCACUUACUGUACAACUACCAAUUAUGAUUCGACCUUCUCUACCAAGAUUUCUGAAUUAUGGAGAUACGGCAUGUUUCUCAGUUAUUUUACAAAAUCAAACCGAUCUAUCACUACAAUUACAUACUGGUUUGAGGGCAACCAAUGCAAAAUUAUUAACAGCACAAGCAAAUCGCCCAGCAUUUGGCUAUUCAAUUGUUCUACCACCAAAUAAACGAGCUGCUAUUACGUUUCCAAUAGAAACAGUGCAUGCUGGUACAGCUCGAUUUCAGUUCAUAGCCAAUACUCCUAGAAAUAAAACAUCUCCAUCAUUUGGUGAUGCCAUCGAAGUAGAUUUACCUGUAUUUAUGCCAGCGACAUCAGAAGCAUUUGCAACAUACGGUGAUACACAUGAAGAAGUUGUUUUACAGCCAAUAAAGACACCAAAGCAUGUUCUUCCACAAUACGGUGAACUAUCAAUAACAACAAGUUCAACGGCAUUAGCAUCAUUAACUGAUGCAAUUAUUUCGCUUUAUACAUAUCGAUUUGAAUGUACAGAACAAUUAAGUUCAAGAAUAUUAGGUAUACAAUCACUGUGGAAUGUUCUGCAAGCAUUUCAUUGUAAACAAUUACCUGAUAUAUCAGUAUUGAAAACAAAAUUAGAAUCAGAUUUAAAUAUGUUAAAAGGUCGCCAGUAUCCAAAUGGUGGAUUUGGUUACUGGACAAAUCAAAAAGAUUCUCAUCCUGAUCCAUAUAUGAGUGUCCAUGCUGCUCAUUGUUUAGCUGUCGUUUUAAAUAAAAAGGCACGUAAGAAUGUUGAUCCAUAUAUGAUUGAAUAA